AUGGGUGAUAAUGAUGAUCACCCUCGCUCGGUUGAUGCCGAGGAUAGCUCGGUUGAUGUGAAGGAAUCGUUGAAGAUACCGCGACUCUAUCAGGCCGAGCUUUUGGAGGAAGCCAAGAAGCGCAACAUCAUCAUCCGGGCCGACACCGGGACCGGCAAGACUCUCGUGGCCCUUCACCUGAUCGUCUGGACGGCCGCCCAGACGGAAUCAGCCCCGAAUGGCCAUCAGAUCCAGGCCUUCCUCGUCCCUACUCGUCCGCUCGUUCACCAACAGGCCGAGUACAUCCAGAGCCAAUCCACCCUCCGCGUCAAAGCCUACGCUGGCGACCUUCCAGCAGACUUAUGGAACGUCGACAAAUGGCGCUCGGGAUUGAAGGAGGUCGACGUCAUCGUCUCAACUGCCCAGAUUUUCCACGAUUUGAUCUCGAAAGGAUUUUGGAAAUUUGAGGAUAUAUCUCUUUUGAUCUUCGAUGAGGCGCAUCAUUGUCGUAAAGACCACGUGUAUAAUCAAAUAAUGCGGAGUCAUUAUCAUCGUCUGGCCAAAGAUCCUGCACAGCGUCUACCUAAAAUUCUAGGAUUGACAGCGUCGCCGAUCUGGAAUUAUAAGGAUUUGGAAAGGGCAGAAAAAGAUAUCAAAGAUCUUCAAUGCUCUCUUGCAGCUCAAAUUUGUGAGGUCAAGAGACACACCGAAGAUGUUUCCCAGCACAACUUUAAGCCCAACGAACGGGCUGUAUACUUCGACCCCUCUCCUGCUUUUCAAAAGCUCUCACAUCCUCCCUGGGAGCAGAUUAACGAUCUACUCACCAAGCAUGCCAGCCUCAAGCUGAUCACCACUUUUGAAUCGGUCUUUUUGGAGUUAGGAAAUUACGCGUACUCUUUAUCCAUCCUUGACUGGCUCAAAUCCCUCUUGGUCGUCGGCGGCCCCAACCAACUGAUGUCCGGGCGUCUGUUGGAUCCAAAUCACCAACAAAAAGUUAAACAAGUUACUAAUCAACUUGAAGAGCUUUUGAGCAUCAAUGAUAUUCCUGAAAAUCAACUUUCGUCCAAGGUAAUCGCUUUGAACAAGCUCCUGGUCAAAUACAAAGAGGAGGAUGGCCGCGACGACUUUCUCUGUAUUGUGUUUGUCGAGCGCCGACAACACACCCAACUGCUGUUCGCUCUGUUGGAGCGCAAUACCCAACUGAAAGGUUUUAUCCGUCCUGGAGCCUUGGCCGGACACGGUGGGGGCAACGAGAAUGACCUGCUUGGAAUCAAAAUGGACUCAAGAGCGCAAAACAAGACUGUUGCAAAAUUUAGGACGGGUGAACAUAAUCUAACUAUUGCAACCAGUGUGGCCGAGGAAGGUCUGGACUUCCGCUCUUGCAGAGUUGUCAUUCGAUUCGAUCAAAUCACCACCUGGAAAGGGUACAUUCAAUCUCGUGGUCGGGCUCGAGCGCGCAAUUCCGACUAUAUCGUCAUGCUUCCAACUGACUCCUCGAGUAAAUAUUUGGCGUUUAGUGGGAAAGAGGAUGAACUCAAAGCCGCACUCUAUGACCGUCCCGAUAAUGAGCUCAUUGGAGGUGGCGCAGUUGAACCGACUCCUCAAUUAAUUUGCCGACUUGCCGAUGGAAAUGAUUCGAUCUUGACUUACGGUUCCGCCCCUGGUCUUUUGAAUGACGUCUGUCAACUGAUUCCGCAAGAUGAAUUUCUUCCGGUCCUUGCGCCAGAGUAUGAGAUCAUGUGUUUAGGGGAAAGUUUCAAAUCUCAAGUUACGCUUCCCCCCAUGGCAGCUCUCCCUUCUUCUCAGCGUACUUUUAUGGGACUCGAGAUGUCGACGAAAAAGGAGGCCAAACGUUCCGCUGCCUUCGAAGCCUGCAAAGUCUUACGAGAGCUGGGUGUACUCAACGAACAUUUCUUACCCCAUAGAGAAGAUAAGACCGGUCAGGCUCGUGACGCGGAUGAUCAGGUCCAAGCCAUCAUUCCAAACGUUUACGGUGAUUUUCGGACCUCACAAGAAGUCUGGCUCCACGAAAUAUCUUUCCCGGAUGAAAGUCCCGCGGGAUUCUCUACGAUGGGUUUCCUAUGUGCUCAACAUGUAGACAUUUCGGAGGGCUUGCACUUAUAUGAUCACUACCAAGAUAGCAGAACUCUGCCCGUCAAGAUCAAACGGAGUCGCAGGAUGACAUGGGCUCAGGAUGAUUUAUCGAUCAACCUGCAAAGAUUGGAGACCUUUACUCGAUUGGUUAUCCAAGUUGCCGUAAACCGCAAGUCGUACGAAGGAAGACUGUUAUUCCUUGUUGCUCCUCUUCUCAACGAUACAUGCGAGAUCGAUUGGAAUCUGGUGGAAACUCCGCUGAUUCCACUUUCCAACCACGCAGACAGCUUACGUUACCAAUGUACAAUCGUCCCGAUUCCCCACCUCCAUUGCAGAAUAUUCGACACCUGCGAACCGUCUGGUGACCUGUCUUUUGCCUCCAAGCCUCAUCACGUUCCUGCUGGUCAACACAUGGGUGACUUUUGUAAAAAGAUAUCGAAAUUCCGCAACCUCGGUCACUUUUAUGCAGUCGUUUACAAUCUGAAGCCAGAACAGUUCAAGGGGAAAUUAGUUUAUCUCCAAAGUACCUUUGAGGUCUUGGAUAAUUUGUCAAAGUCCGAAUCAUUGUUGACACAGCCUUACCGUCUCUUGUUACCAUUAAAGCUCUGCCAAGGAUCACGCAUCCCUCGAUCGCUUUGGAAAGUAUUUAGCUACUUGCCAUCCUUGACUCGCCUCUUGCAUGAUGCACUCCAAGCAAAAUUUCUCUUCAAACGACUAGAUUUCCCCGCAAUCUCACUUCCCCAUGGAAUUCAUGCACUCACGCCGCCUGGUGUCGGAGUUCCUUGGGACUAUCAAACUCUUGAGACCGUUGGAGAUGCAUUUCUCAAGUUGGCCACAUCGGUUCACGUGUAUAUCAGUCAUCUCAGGAAGGGUGAAGGUGACAUGAGUCAUGUACGAGCCAGGUCGAUCGACAACGCCUACUUGCGAAGGAAAGCUGUUCAGGCUAAUCUGCCCGGCUCUAUCCUCAGCCAACGCUUCCGCACAGGCAAAUUCAGAGACGCUCAAACGGAAGAAGGCAAAGAGUUGGCCAACGGUAAUUUCUCGAGAAAGAUCCCUAGGCGCGUUUUGUCCGAUGUCGUUGAGGCUCUCCUGGGCGCUGGGUUGCUUACUGGAGGUAUUGAACUUGGGCUGAAAGUUGGAACGGCUCUCGAUCUUUGCUUUGGGGGCAUUUCACCCUGGAGCCAACGCACGCUAACUAUCAGUUUCGGAAAGGAUGCCCAUGAUAAGCUUGAUCCAUCAAUGCUUCUCACAUGCGAACAGAUCGAGCGAAAGAUCAACUACGUGUUCAAAGAGAAAUUAUUCCUCGUCCAAGCUUUAACUCACCGUAGUGCGAACUCAUUCUUGACUAACUGUUACGAGAGGGAGGAGUGGCUAGGAGAUGCAGUGAUCGACAUGUGGAUCGUCGAGCACGCCUACAAGCGCUUCGAUAACGCCACCGCAGAUGAACUGAGUCUCGCCCGAGCAAAGGUGGCUUGCAAUGGUAGUCUAGGUUUCUUGGCGAUCAAAAAACUAGGUCUACAUGAGUUCAUCAUGCACAAGUCUGACAAUUUCCAUCAGGCGUGCGCGGAGGCGAUAGAAGCCAUCGAGCCAUUUACGAAGAUCUCGGAGUUUUUUUCAAAUAUCAAUAACCUCUUUGUGGUCUUCGAUCCGCCUAAGAUCUUGAAUGAUGCCUUGGAAGCUAUCGUCGGCGCGGUGUUCGUUGAUAGCGGCUUGAACCUACCAACCGCAUAUCGAGUCCUGGAUGUCAUAUUUGAGGAUGUAACCCCAAGCUUAUCUCGACUAGCUGCUCGGGAUCCUGUGUCGACACUAUUGAGACUCCGUGAUCGGUAUCAAUGCACCGAACUGCUCAGAACAACAACUACCAUCAACGAGCCCAAUCCCGAAGGAGAGGAGAAAACGCCGGUCUCGGUCAGGGUCUGUCGCAUCGAAUUCCAUGGCCAACAGAUCGGAAUUGGCCGACACCAGAGCUCGACAAGCGUAGCCGAACAGAGAGCUUCACUGGAAGCGAUCAAAGUCUUGCAGGAAAGUCUCCCAUCAUCCGAAAGCGCUACUCCAGAUUCUUUGUGGUCCAAAUGUCGAUGCAUGGCGUUGAUCACCACCGCAAAAGCGGCGACGCCCAGCUCGACUAAAAAGAAGUGA